CGCUCUACAGUGCUAGGAAGGCGGAGCAUCGAUUUGCAGUUGCUAUUACCACCACCCUUACUAAUGGUGAAAAAAGUACGCCGAGGAUCAUCAUGGCAAUUUGUGCAUCUUAGAAGUUAACUUAUCGAGGUGGCUAAGUUGAUCUGAAGGUUGGCUUUGUAAACGAAGCUAAAACUGGAUCUAAAUUACGCAGAGCUUGCAUAUACGUCAGUUAAUCGAAAACCCCUUUCUGUGAAAUGUGCGAACGUAACAUGUUUCAGUGAUUUUAUUGUAGUAAACUGUAAAUAUGUACUGAAUGAACCUAGCAAGCAACAAAACAUCAGAGCCGUGAACUUCACCCGAUAUGGAGCCAAUAAAAACCUCAACGACAAAGACAACAGACGGUAAUAGCAAUGAGGCUACAUCAAGAAGACCCGAUUACGUGCAGACGAUCACAAUCACAGAUGCACACGGAAACGUAAAGGAACUGGUAUUCCCGAAGGCGCUGGAUCUAGACCGACCAAAAAGAUUAAGAACGACCUUUAGCAAGGAGCAACUUGAUGCACUCGAAUCGGUAUUUAAGAUCAAGCAGUAUGUCGUUGGAAAGGAACGAACACAACUGGCAGGCCAACUGGGCCUGACCGAAAACCAGAUAAAAGUUUGGUUCCAAAAUCGACGUACAAAGCACAAAAAAGAGGAGGAGUGUGGCGGAAUCUCCGCUGGCGAAGGGGUUCCCUCAUCGCUCGGAGCAGCACAACUAAGUGACGGUGGAGCCCCAUUACCGACCGCAUUGUCGACCCGACUCCAACAACAUCCAUUACCAGGUGUGCCAUCUGCAGUGGGCCCGCUAGUUUCGCCCUUAGCGCCUUCUGUACCACUCUUCUUUCCUAGCAGCCUGUUUAAUCUUCAGCAGAUGGCGGGUGGGGCAGCAACUGUUGCUACAGCCGUAGGUUCGCAUGGCAACGCCGACCCCGAGUCCGUAUCGCCCCCCGUUCCUAAACAAAAUAUUUUUCGACCCUUCUGCCUAUGACUGACGAACUACCCUAAAUUCUAUACCUGUUCUCAAGUUCACCGAAUUGGUACUAAAUGCUAUCGCGAUAUCAUAGAUAUGGAUGAAAAAUGUGCAGGGAGACGCCUGUCGCAAACGGUGAAAUAUGCGUAUCGAGAGCGUAUCUGGCCGCUAGUAAACCAUCUGACUGUUUAAUGCAACGAAGGAAUGCCUUUACUGAAAAACUAUAAAUUACUCAUCGCUUAGCUAGCGUGUGUGCAUUGACCUUAAUUGCAUGUCCAGAGUUCACAGGUCUAUAUAUAUAUAUAUAUAUAUAUAUAUACGUAGAUAUGGCGAAAUAC